UUUGUGAUUAGGCGCGUUGCUCUAAAGAAACUGAAGAAAAACAUUUCGCAUACAUUUAAUUAAGGAAAAUUCGAUAGUGCAUGUAAAAUAUUGGUUUAUUUGAAAUAAUAAGAGGCUACGCAAUACUUCUUGUUUAUACUUGACGCGUUCGUUAUAUGAAACUAGAAUUGUGUUCUUUCUAAUAAAUACAGGAGGAUAAAAAAUGUAUUGUUAGAAUUUCUUUACAUCUUGUCCAACGAACGUUUUGUAUACUCCAAAAGCCAACGGAUUUGAUGUUGAUAUAACAAAGCGACAAAAGAAUCUUAAGAUUUGUUAUUUUUUUAUUAAGUGAAAAUGAGCUCACCAAUUGUUACACGUCGUGGUGCGCAAAAAGCUAAAAUACAAACUCGCGCAAUGGUCAAAUCAGCAGUAGCAGCUAGCAAGCCGAGCGCAGCGCUACUAGAAGCUAAACGCAAGGCGAAAUUACUCAAAAUGCAGGAACAAACUCAACAAGAUCAAGUUGUAAAGGAUAUCUUCCAAAAUGCGGUCAACGCAAAAACAAUAAUACAUAAGCCUACUGGUAUUGUUUAUGAUGAAUCGAUGUCGCAACAUCGGUGCCUCUGGGACGAAAAUCAUCCAGAGAGACCGGAACGUUUUACUCGUGUGCUGGAGAGAUGUAAAGAAUUGCAACUCAUUGAACAAUGUCAACGUAUACCAUCACGUCGUGCGACAAAGGAUGAAGUGCUCUUGCUGCACAGCGCCGAGCAUUAUGAGCUGCUACAACAAACAUCUGGUGUGCAAGAUGAAGAGGGAAUGGAAGAUCUAAGCUCAAAAUUCGAUUCAAUUUACCUACAUCCGUCCACAUUUGAAUUGUCGUUACUGGCCACCGGGUCGACAAUUGACUUAAUUGAGAACAUAACUACCGGGAAUGUACAGAAUGGUAUGGCGAUCAUACGGCCACCGGGUCAUCAUGCGAUGAAGGCGGAAUUCAAUGGUUACUGUUUCUUCAACAACGUGGCCAUUGCAGCACAAUACGCUUUGGAUAUUUUGAAGUUAAGCAAAUUAAUGAUCGUCGAUUGGGACAUACACCACGGACAAGGCACACAACGUUUCUUCUACAAUGAUCCAAGGGUGCUUUACUUCUCCAUACACCGUUAUGAGCACGGCACAUUUUGGCCAAAUUUACAGGAAUCCGAUUUUGAUGCCAUCGGCUGUGGCAAUGGCUUGGGUUAUAAUUUCAAUGUACCGUUAAAUAAAACCAAAAUGGGAAAUGGCGAUUAUCUGGCCAUAUUCCAACAGUUAGUUGUACCCGUGGCCGUAGAGUACCAACCAGAAUUGAUUAUCAUAUCGGCCGGUUAUGAUGCAGCUUUAGGUUGUCCGGAGGGUGAAAUGGAGGUCACACCCGCCUUCUAUCCACACUUACUAAGUUCACUCAUGAAAUUGGCACAAUCACGCAUUGCCGUCGUACUGGAAGGCGGCUACUGCCUUGACUCGCUCUCCGAGGGCGCAGCACUCACAUUGCGCACGCUGUUGGGCGGCAUUUGCCCCACGCUGGUGGAGAAAAUCGACCCACCCAGUGAUGUACUACAAGAUACAAUAUUCAAUUGCAUUUAUGCACAUCGCCAAUACUGGCGCUGCCUACAAGUCCAGCCGAUGUAUACGAUGGAGGAGCUGAAUAACGUGAAUCCACAACCGAAACUGCACAAAGUCAGUCGCCUGUUCAUUGGCGGCCAACCACUGCCCGAACGCUUCCCCACCAGAGACACGGCACCGGUCACGUUACCCGAAGUGGUGGCGCAGAAUAUGAAGCGCUUGCAAUUUCUUAAGCAGGAAACCAAAUUGUUGGCACCAAAAGUGCGCGUUUGCUAUGUAUACGAUGAGCUUAUGCUGCAGCACAGCAACACCUUUGAAGAGGGUCAUCCCGAGCAGCCGGAGCGCAUAAGACGCAUUUACGAAAUGCAUGUCGACUACAAGCUCACCGAACGCAUGAAGCAGCUGCCGAUACGCAUCGCCACCACGGACGAGAUCUGUUUGGCGCACACACGCGCGCACGUCAACUUCAUACGACGCAUUAGCGAUAAAGAUGAGUUGCAGGGCAUGGGUGAGAAAUAUAAUUCGGUCUAUUUUCAUCCGAAGACAUUCGAUUGCGCCACGCUGGCCGCCGGAUCUGUGCUGCAAGUGGUCGACAAAGUGCUGACUGGCGAGGCGCGCAGCGGCGUUUGCAUUGUGCGUCCACCCGGCCACCAUGCAGAGCCCGAUAUACCACAUGGUUUUUGUAUAUUCAAUAAUGUGGCCAUCGCCGCGCAGUAUGCCAUACGCGAUCACGGACUUAAGCGCGUUUUAAUUAUUGACUGGGAUGUGCAUCAUGGCAACGGCACACAGCAUAUCUUCGAAUCGAAUCCGAAUGUGCUCUACAUAAGCAUACAUCGCUAUGAUAACGGCACUUUCUUUCCGAAGAGCAAAGAUGCCGAUCACGAUGUGGUGGGCAAAGGUGCUGGAAUGGGUUUCAAUGUUAACAUACCGUGGAAUAAGAAAGGCAUGGGCGAUAUGGAGUAUGUGAUGGCCUUCCAACAGCUCCUUAUGCCUAUAGCUUACGAAUUCGAUCCGGAAUUAGUGCUCGUCUCAGCGGGCUUUGAUGCCGCCAUUGGCGAUCCACUUGGCGGCUGUAAAGUAACACCGGAAGCUUAUGGUCUCUUCACACAUUGGCUCUCAGCACUGGCAGGUGGGCGCCUGAUUUUGUGUCUGGAAGGUGGCUACAAUGUGCACUCCAUUUCCUAUGCGAUGACCAUGUGCACAAAAUCACUGCUGGGCGAUCCAAUACCAGCUAUACAAGUUAACGGCAAUGCGGCACGUGGGCUGAGCGCUGCAUACACAAGUUGCAUUGAGACGAUACAGAAUUGUUUAAAUGUGCAGCAACGCUAUUGGAAGAGUUUGGUCUUCAACAAGCGGCUGCCACAAUUCGCUGGCGAAAAUAACAAUGAGGAUUUUCUUUCUGCUACUUUGAAAAAUUUAGAUAUCACAACGGAUGAGGCGAAAGGCGUCGUUGGCUGUGAAAAUGUCGCUGACACGGCGGUGGCGUUGGAACCGAGCGGCAGUAAGCCGAAGGUAAAAGUUAAAACCCUAACCGAAUUUCUCACCGAAAACCUAGAGGCUUUGCAAAACAACGAAAUGUUCGCCGUUGUUCCAUUAAAGACAUGUCCUCAUUUAAAACAGUUGCGUCCUGAGGAGGCGCCGAAAACCAUAGACAGCAAUGCACCUUGCGAGCAGUGCACAUCAACCGCCGAAAACUGGAUAUGUCUGAGCUGUUACAAAGUACUCUGCGGUCGUUACGUCAUGGAACAUAUGCUCUUCCAUAGCAUAGAGGAAUCGCAUCCGUUGGCGCUUAGCUUCAGCGAUUUGUCCGUUUGGUGUUAUCCAUGUGAGGCGUAUAUAGAUAACAGUAAAUUGCAUGUAUAUAAAAAUCGACUACAUCGUCAUAAAUUCGGCGAAGACAUGGUGUGGUCAUACCCGGAUCGGAUUCACGGCGAUGACAGCGAUCACGAUGACUGCGAUGCCGACGAUGCGCAUGUGUUUAGCAUACAACUUGAGCCGACCAACUGACAAUAUCUGUUAUUACUGCUGACGACAGUACAAAAUUAUUUGUGUACAUCAUUUCCACCGCUUAGACAUGUUUUCCAUUUUUUCGCCCAGUACCUUUGGCCGUUGAUUUAUCGCCUCUAUAUUAAAUUGUUGUAUUACUUUAUAUCGAGUUGAUGAUUUAUUUAUUAGUACUAUAUACAAUACUUACACAUAUAUAUGUGUAUGUAAAUCUAGUUACAAUAUGUAUACUAAAUUCAUUGCUGACUUGCAACGUCGUCUAUAUAUUUCUAUUAGAAACACAAUAUUUUCUCACACAGACUAACCAAAGACUUGAAAGCAAAAACAAAGAAAUUAAAAAUGUACAUUAAAUCACUUAUACCGCGUGUCUGGUCCACAUAAAAUAUACAUGUCAAUCGGCUUGCAAUUUUAUAUUGAAAAUUGUUCUUCAACUUAA